UCUCACCUUAUUUUAUUUGAGCGAUAAUUUUAAUAUCAGUAUUUUUGAAUUCCUUUUCACCCUCAAUUAACGGAGAACCAAUAUCUAUUGAUUACCGAGUGUGAGCCGUGAGUGAACUAUCGACCAAGUCGAUUUCGGAUUACGUUAAGAUGGUGAAGACGAAGCAUCAAAAAUCCAAAGCCAAGAAACAAUCUAACAUCAAAAAGCAAGGAAAACAGGCUGAUAUUUCCCAGUUCCGUGCACAGCUUGAUGCAUUGGGCCUAAAAAUUAUUCAAGUGACUGCAGAUGGUAAUUGCUUCUUCAGGGCUCUUGCUGAUCAACUAGAAGGUGACGAAGAGGAGUAUGUAAAAUAUCGCAGUAUGGUGGUACAAUAUAUUUUGAGGAAUCGUGAAAUGUUUGAGCCAUUUAUUGAAGAUGAUGUUCCAUUUGAGGAAUAUUGCCAAUCCAUGGAGAAGGAUGGUACAUGGGCUGGACACAUGGAAUUGCAGGCAGCUUCUCUUGUGACGCGUACUAACAUAUGCAUUCACAGGAGCAUGUCUCCUCGAUGGUAUAUACGGAACUUUGAUGAUCGUGGGGUUGGUAUGGUUCAUUUAUCUUAUCACGAUGGUGAGCAUUAUAAUAGUGUGCGAUUGAAGGAAGACUCUUGUGAGGGGCCAGCUAGGCCUAUCGUAAUCCAGGCUGAUGGUGAUAUUUCCAUGAAAUCUCAUCAAGAAAAAGUUGCGGAUGGCAAGUCCAAAGGGGGAGCUGCCAAGAAUAUCAUAAAUGCUGGAUCCAUCAAAUUGGUUAUUGCAGGAACAGGUUGUGAAAAUGCUGAAAGAGUUGAACAGGUUUUACGAGAAGUAGAUGGUGACGUCAAUGCUGCUAUAGAGUUUUUGGUCGCAGAGCAAAGAACAGAAGAGUGCUCAGAGCGACCUAAUUCACCUUCUAAUCAGACAGAUAAUUCCCCUUGUAAUGGCCCAUGCGAUGAAAAUGGAAAAGACGCACAAGAAAUGGAACAAGUGGAGGAGACCUUCCAACAGGAUGUUGCUAGCAGCAGCAACAGUCUCGCUCAUGAUAAUAGCAGUUCCCAGCCAGAAAAGAUCUCAAGAAACCAGCUCUGCCCAUGUGGCUCAAGAAAGAAGCAUAAAGCUUGUUGUGGAUCAGUCAUUGGGAGAUCUUCUAAUAAGAUUGUAGUUAACCAAACGAUCGACUCUAGAAAGGCCAGAAGAGAGAGGAAGCAUGGCAAGAAGGGAGCGACUGUUAAAAUCGCAUCGGCCUGCGGUGGCUCUGGUGGAGGGCCUCCUGACAUGGGUGCACUUUGUAUUUGAUGAUUAUACAUGAAAGUGGGUCUCAAACGUGCUAGGAUUUUAUAGAACAGUAAGGCGGAGAUGAAAUUUUGUGGGGUGCCUUCCUUGGAAAAGGGCUUUGCUUCUUAAGUUGCAAAUCAUUACUAUAUUUAUACACUUCGACUCAUCUCAAUCUUAAUUGUACAUAAUUCAUAAUUCCCAUGAUUUUAUGUUAAACUCCAAAGCAAGGACACUU